AUGUCCGGCAACAACGAAGAAUACUGGCUCCCCGGGUACGGGCUCUCACGCCAUAUCGUUUUCCGACAAUUGCAAUAUUUCAUCGGCCCAUCGGCAACCGUCAGACCAUUCAGCUACCACGGCCGAGAGGGAUACCUGAUCAAGGGUGCACCGUUGACUAAGAAACAAAUUGAAGACCUGCGGAAGCAAUCCGAGGAGUACGAGAAGCAGCAGUCCCUGAGAAUGUCAGGUCGUCGAGAAAGCUCAGAUGACUCUGCCGACAUCAACACUCCCAUCAUCGUGAGCAACCGAGGUCGUGGCUCCUCAUAUCGACCCUAUCGAUGA